AUGGAACUCCUUACAUUCAACGUCGACGAUGGGUAUGCUGAAGCUUUAAUUCGUGGCAUGAGAAUGUCAUUUAUCAGAAAAGAAGAAUACGACGCCCUCAAAGACUGCGCUUCACUAGGAGAUGCCAAAAUGCUUCUUGAAGAGACUGACUAUUUACCAUUCCUCCAAAACGAGCCAAGUCCAUGCCAACCUAAUGUAAUUAGAGCUCGUAUGAAGGAAAAACUUGCAAAAGAAUUUGAGCAUAUGAAAUCCAAUGCAGCUCCUCAGCUUUACAAUUUCUUACUCCCCCCCUUUAAAUUGGAACAAAAUAUAGGUAAAAUUUCCACUUUUUUGGUAAAUUAACCCCCCUUUAAAUUGGAACAAAAUUUAAUUUUAUAAUAAAAAAUUAUAUAUAUAUAAUUUUUAUCUAAAAAGUUUUGAUAUAAGUUAAAUAUUUCUUCUUAACUAAAAUUAAAAAUUUAGUUAUAUCUUGAUCUUGCUUAAAGAAGAAAGUAUAAAGAGCAUCUUAUUUAAAUAAAUUUUAUUAUCCUUAAUUGCUAAAUUUUAAAAAAAAAUUAAUUUGUUUUUAAAAAUUUUUCAUUAUUUUUUUUUUGAUAAAAAUGAUAUUUUUAUUUUGGAUAGUUUUGAUAUAAAUUCAAUAGGAAUUCUUUAUAAAAUUUCAAAAUUUACUUAUUCCUUGCUUUAUUUUAAAGAAUAGAGUAUAAAUAACAUCUUAUUUAAGCAAAAUUAGAACUUUGAUGAUAAAUUUUAUAAAUUUUUUUUUUUUAUUUUUUUUAUCAAUAAAAAUAAUAAUUUUUGUGUAAAUAAUUUUGAUACAAAUUAAUAAUGGCGUAUUAACUAAUAAUGAAAAUUUAGUUAUAUCUUGCUUUUUUUUUAAGGAUAAAGAGUAAAUAGCAUUUGAUUAAACAAAUUUAUUAAUCUAACUCGAUAAGUUUUUGAAUUUUUUUUUUUAAAAUUUGUAUAUAUAGCCCGUUCCCGGCUAUAGAUUGGGCUUGGCCCGAUCUUUGCCGGGAACGGGCUAUAUAAAUUGUGUUUUUAUAAAAAAUUUUAUAUUGAUAUUUUUUUAAAAAAAAAAAAAUUAACCCCCCUUUAAAUUGGAACAAAAUUUUGUUCGAAUUUAAGGGGGGGAGUUAGAAAAAGUCUCCCACAAAUACAUGAUAGAUAAUGUUGUCAACAUGAUUGAAAUUAUCAAAAACAAAGACAUUAACAGAAAAAGGCAAGCCCAGCCAGACCCUCUAGGGUAUUUUAGAGGUAUUGAAGGGAUUUUGAGAUUUGAAAGCGAUGAUAUCGCUGAACUUUACCAAAUCGUGUUAAUUGAUACACCAGUAGGAGAUUAUUUCCAAAGACUACUUGAAGAUAUAAUUAAAGCAGGGGCAAUGCAAAAUAGAAGUAUUGAAGAUGUCCAUAGGCAGCUUGCUGAUAUUACUCCUGAGGUCUUAAGAAUUUCUUUAAAGAAAAUGUGGCUUGAAGAUUUAUCCUUUUUUUUAUAAAAUUAAUAUUAUUAAAUUUUAUUUUUAAAUAUUUAUUUCUCAUUUAAUUAUAGUAUAUUUGAUCUUGCCAAACAAUUAAACGGGAUUUCCAAAGAAAUUUUAGCAGACUUGAUAAAAUUUGAAGCUGACUGUAUGACGAUCCAAAUCAUCUACAACUCAAUCAGCAAUGAAGAACUAAACAAGCCAGCUGCAAGAGAAACUGACAGAAAAGCUUUAUGCCCUAAUGUAGGCUAUCUAUACCCAGAAUAUGAAGCCCAGCUAUCAAGAGCUUUUGAUAUUACAACAUUGAGAGCGGCCGUAGAAAGUUUUCCACUUUACAUAGAGAUGUUGAGGAAUGUUGCAGACCCUGCUAAUGAAGAAGAAAUGAAUGACCCUUCAAGAAAAACUUUGGACGAUAUUAUGUAUGAGAUCGGGAUUAAGAAGUAUAGCUUGGCGUUUGACCAGCAGUUCCAUUAUGGAUGCUUUUAUGCGUAUUUGAAGUUGAAAGAACAAGAAAUUAGGAACACUGUUUGGCUUUGUGAAAUGGUCAGCAUGCAAUUGAAUAGGCAAGAUAAAGCGUGGACGAAGUAUGAGAAGUUGAUUCCUUUUAGCUGCUUAAGAGAGCCAUAA